GCCGCGGGAGAGGGGGAGGGCCGAGGCGGUCGCUGCGGACGCCGGCCUGCUCUAAGCUUCUCGCGCGUCCUUGCCACUUCCCGCAUGGUGUCGGUAUCUCACUGAGCGGCGGCGGCGGCGGCGACGCGUGAGGGACGCACGGCGGGGGCGCUUGGGGUCGACGUUUCCCGUCGCCGGCACUUCCUCCUGCGGCGCCCGUGCGUGGCCGUCUGGGCCGGCGGGAUGGCGGCGGCGGCCCGGGGGAGUGGCCGCGCAUCGGCGCCCCAGCUGCUUCUGCUCCUGCUCUUCGCGCUGCCGUGGGCCCCGACCGGCGUCCGCUCCGUCCCCGACGAAGACCUUAGCCACCGGAACAAGGAACCGCCGGCGCCUCCCCAGCAGCUGCAGCCGCAGCCCGCGGCCGUGCAGGGCCCCGAGCCAGCCCGGGCCGAGAAAGGAUUUACACCAGCUGCCCCGGUUCAUGGCAAUAAAGAAGAUCCAGCUACCCAGACGAACUUGGGAUUUAUCCAUGCAUUUGUUGCUGCCAUAUCAGUUAUCAUUGUGUCUGAACUGGGUGAUAAGACAUUUUUUAUAGCAGCCAUCAUGGCAAUGCGCUAUAAUCGGCUGACGGUGUUGGCUGGGGCUAUGCUGGCCUUGGGCCUAAUGACGUGCUUAUCAGUUCUGUUCGGCUACGCCACCACCGUCAUCCCCAGGGUGUAUACGUACUAUGUUUCCACGGCGUUAUUUGCCAUUUUUGGCAUUAGAAUGCUUCGAGAAGGCUUGAAGAUGAGUCCAGAUGAAGGUCAAGAGGAACUGGAAGAAGUUCAAGCGGAAUUAAAGAAAAAAGACGAGGAAUUUCAGCGAACCAAGCUCUUAAACGGACCAGGAGAUGUUGAAACGGGAGCCAGCACCACGAUACCCCAGAAAAGAUGGCUGCAUUUUAUCUCGCCCAUCUUUGUUCAGGCUCUGACGUUAACAUUCUUAGCAGAGUGGGGUGAUCGCUCACAACUAACGACAAUUGUUCUGGCAGCCAGAGAGGACCCGUACGGCGUCGCAGUGGGCGGGACAGUGGGCCACUGCUUAUGCACCGGCCUGGCAGUGAUCGGAGGAAGAAUGAUCGCACAAAAAAUCUCUGUCAGAACUGUGACAAUCAUAGGAGGCAUCGUAUUUUUGGCCUUUGCCUUUUCUGCACUGUUUAUAAGUCCCGAUUCUGGUUUUUAACAAGCCGUUUGCUCGUUUGUAUUUCAUUUAAGAUAGGUAACUGUUUAUGUACAUAGUGUACAUUAUAACUAAAAGUGACGGAAAAGACUGUAUUUUGUAGCAUUGAUUUGUGAGUUUGUACCAUUUAAUGAAAAAGUAUUAUGUCCGAAAGAAGUAAUCAUUGAUUCUAUUUGCAACAUGGAUUUUUAAGAAACCUGAUAUCUAAGUGUGGGUUUUUCUUUUCUCCAGCACAAUUAUGUUCUUAUGGUCACUGUUUUUUUUAAAUAUUUUUGGGUUUUCUGGUAGGACAAUGAUACAUAGAACCACUGUACAAUGGGGUCUAUCCUUGAUUUUCUUUUAGCACCGACCCCUUUAAUGACGAAGAUCUGUUUUCUCCUGGAUCGCUGAGUGAUUUAUUUGCCUUAAAAGUUUUCUUGGGAGGAAUGAAUUUUUAGCUUUUAAAGUAGUUCCUUAAGCCAGAAAGCAGUGUAAUCACAAAGUCUUUUAAAAUUUGAUUUUGCUUUUUAAGAAUGAAUAAUGUAUUACUGUUAGGAUGAGAAUUGUUUGCCAGGUCCAUUCUCCCUCCUUUUUUUUUUUCUUUUUUUUUUAAUUGGGUAGGACACCCAAUAUAAAAACAGUCAAUAUUUGACAAUGUGGAAUUACUAAAUUAAAAGAGAAUACUAUGAGUGUAUUCAUAUUUUUUCUAUAUUGAAUAAACAAUGUAACAUAGAUACAGUGUAAAUAAAAGUGGUAUGACCAGA